AUGGGAUUUGUCUCUACAAUAGUUAUUCUUAUCAUUGUUUUACCAUUUUAUACUAUGCAACAAUUAAAUAAAAAUCUCACAUAUAUGUUAUUUAUAUCCGAAGAUGUACCAAUUAAUUAUAAACAAUUGGUUGAUACAUUUGAUGAAUCAGUAUGCAAAGAUUAUUCAAUUAUAAUUCCAACAUCAAAUGAUUAUGAAUCAUCAUUCGAUAUCUAUUUGAGAACAUCUGAAAACGAUAAAUUUAAUGAAACAAUUCGUCGUAAAAAAUCCAAUAAUCGAAAUCUUAAUCAGAAACAUUGUAAUUUAUAUAUAAAAGUCUUGACCGGUUUAGAUCGUGAACAAUAUCCAACAUAUACAAUUAGACGACAUUUUUUACCCAUGAUUCAUGAUAAUCAUACUAUAACAUCAAAAUCUAAACCGUUUACUGUACAAUUUUCUGUUGUUAUUCUAGAUGUAAACGAUCAUUCACCUCAAUUUGAAGUUGACCAUUUUCGAUUUAAUGUUGCAGAAAAUACAAUUGUUGGUAAAAAGAUUGGUCAAGUAUUAGCACAUGAUCCUGAUACAUUUUUGAAUGGAAAAAUAACGUACACAAUAUUUGGUGAUGAUUUGUAUGUAAAUGGAAAUAAUAAUUCUGAUAGAAAAAUGUUUCGAAUUGAAGCGGAUAGUGGAGAACUUUAUCUAUUAGAACCAUUAGAUUAUGAGACAAAGCAUGAAUAUCUUUUCCUAGUAGAAGCAAAAGAUCAUGGCAAUGUAGAUGCAACAAGUUGGCCAUCAAUACCAUCGUACGCUGAUAUUUUAAUACAUGUCGAUGAUGUUAACGAUUGUCAUCCAGAAAUCAUUCUUACAAUACCGGACAAUGAAUCAGUCUCACUAUCAUCGAUCAACAAAGAAGAUCGUUACAUUAUCAACGACAUGUCUCCAAGAAAACAUUCACGAAUGAAAAAUGACAGUACUUCAUAUACUGAAGGAAACGACGAUGAUAUUGAAGAUGAUUUUAUUAACCAUUUUCGUUUAAAAUCCGAAAAUGAAUCUAAAGAGAAACAGUCAUCCUUUCAAAUAUUGAAAUUUGUUAAAGAAGAACCGAUUUUAGCCGAUAAUUUACUGGCAUUGGUAUAUAUUCGUGAUAAUGACAAUUUAGCGAACGGUGAACUGACAUUAGAGCUACAAGUAAAAUUAGUUAACCCCAUUGCAGCAUUUAAACUUGAUUCACGUUGUAUAAAUGAUUUUUCAAUUCAUCAUUUCACGGAAAAUAUAUGUGCAUACUUAAUUGAAAAUUAUUUUCGUUUAACAUUAUUUCGUCCGAACGUUUAUGGUUUGUUCAAUAAUCUAAUAUUAGAUCGAGAUGAACACGAAAUGUUUAUGUUCAAAUUUACUGUUGAUGAUCAUGGUAAUAUGCCAAUACAAAAUAUAAAUCAUCUUCAAUUCAAUAAUAUUAGUCAACUUGAUGAAUCAUCAAAUACUAAAAAUUUGACAAAGAAGUUAAAAAAACAAAUACGUCAUCGAAAACGUACUCGUUCAUUAGAUCAAUAUCACACGGAAAAAUUAUUUUCGCUAAAAUCUGAAAUCUAUUUACAUUUAAAAUUAUUGGACAUUAAUGAUAAUCAUCCACAAUUCAUAAAACCUUAUUAUCAAGUUUCAGUUGAUGAAAAUCAACCACGUGAUACAUUUGUUGUACGAGUACAUGCCGAGGAUAUUGACAAAGGAGAAAAUGGAACUGUACGCUAUGAAUUGAUUACACACGCUCAUAAGAAAAAACAAUCAAAUAAAAAAUUAGUUCAAAAUCAUGGUUCUUCAUCAUUAUCAAUUAACAAUAAUACAAAAAAGCGUUUAUUAAAUAAAUUGUUUGCUAUUGAUUCUGUCAAUGGUAUAAUAACAACAAAUACACGACUUGACUAUAAAAGAUGUGCCUAUUAUCGAUUUAGUAUUCGAGCCUACGAUUUAGGUUUUAAUCGAAAAUCAUCAACAGCCAUCGUUGAUAUUAUUGUUAAUAAUCAGAAUGAUCAUGUUUCAUACUUUUUAAAAGAUGAAUACAAAUUUUUUAUAGAAGAAAAUUUGCCGAUAGGAACAAUUGUUGGCGAGAUAACAGUUGGUGACGAGGAUAAUGAUUUACCUCAGGAAUUAUUCAUUAAUUUUUCUACAAAUAAUGAAUUAAAUGAAUCCGAUGUUCAACUGACACUCAUGCAGAUGAAAUCAAGAGCAAAAAAAAAUUUAAUUCAAUAUGUAUUUGUCGAUACACAACGCAAUGAAUCUUCUGAUUUUGUUAUCGAUUCUAAUGGUAUUAUUCGUACUUUAGUCAUUUUAGAUCGAGAAACACAUUCCGAAUAUAAUAUGUCUAUUGUAAUAUACGAUGACGAAUUGCAAGCAUCAUCGCCACCAGCAAUAAUUCACAUUAAAGUAUUAGAUAUCAAUGAUAAUGCUCCAUCAUUACGUAGCUCGGAUCCAUCUCAUAUUAUCUCAAUAAAUCAGGUUGAUUUGUACACAUCGGAUGAUUCGGUUCUCUAUACAUUAGACAUUGUUGAUUUUGAUGAAGGAAUGAAUGGUCUAGUUACAGUGAAUUGUUUUAACUGUACACCUUACUUUAGUAUUGAUCAAGAUGGAAAAGUUAAACGAGUAUCGAACAUGACUGUGCCAAAUGGUUUUUAUACACUUGGCAUUCUACUACGUGAUAAUGGAACAAAGACGUCGCUAGAAACUCAACAUUGGUUACGAUUACAUAUUAAUGGUCCGGAACAUGAAACAAAUAGUCCAUUAUCACUAUCAUCGCAAUUCUAUACAACAACGAACGUUAUUCAAUUGAAAAACGAUAAAAUUAAAUGGCCAUUGAAUGUAAUACAAAUAAGACCACAAAUAUGGUUUAUCAUUCUCGUUUGUAUCAGCUGGUUUUUGUUAGCAAUCGCAGCCAUGUGGACAUGUUAUCAAUAUGAAAAACAAAAUAAAGAAAAAAAGAAACGUUUAUUAAUAUCACAAGUGCGUGAUCAUAAAAUAAUUGUUCAUCAACAUCAACAACCACCAUAUGAUACAUUAGAUUCGAAAACAUCAUGUAUUUAUACAAAAUUAACCGGUGGAGAUAAACAUGAUCAACAAUUGACUAUGAUAAAUCAUAAUAAAAUCAAUGAUUCAUUCCAAAAUGAAGAUGAAAUUGAAGAUACAAGUUAUGAUGCUGAUGGAAUUAUCGGUGAUACAAAUUUUGUUUUAACUACGAGUAAAAACAAUACUGACACACAUGAUACAAAAAGAAAUCUAAAUGGUCAGUUUGGUUAUUUAUCGACUAAACAAGCAGCAUUAAUUUCAGCUGGUUUAAAUUCAAUUGGUCGUGGUUGUUCAAAUGUUAUUGUUUCAUCAUCAAAUAUUUCACGUUUAACGUGUUCCCGUUGUCAAUUAUCGUCAAUGAUGAAUUCAAGAGAAACGAUAAUGACGGAUGCAGCUACCAAUACGUCGAGUCACGAAGAUGAACUAGAUACUCCUGAACGUGGGACAUUAUUAAGAACAUUUCCUUAUCAAUACAAAAGUGUUCGUCAAAUGUCAUCAAAUAAUAAUUAUCAUUUUGAACCUAUUGACAAUGAUAUUUCUAAUGCAUUUAAUACAGCUACAGCCACAGCCACAACGACAACAACAUUAGCCAGUAGUAAAACACAUCUCAUAAAACCGGUACCGUAUGUGCGUAAACCACCACAUAAUGCUAAUUAUAAUGGAAGUAACCGGCAAUUAUUAACAAGCAACGCUAUUACAACAACAAAGCGUCCAUAUUCCUAUGCACAUUUGGAAAAUUUAUCACGAAAUUUAUCAUCUGAACAAGUUAAUCAUGGAACAGGACUAUCAUCAUCAAAUAAUUUUGAAAAUAAUGAUACCAAUACUAUGAUAAAUAAUAAUAAUCAUGUUUAUUCAGACAUGAAAAGAUCAAUAACGACAGAUACAUUACAACUGAAAUAUGGUGAUACAUAUGGACGAAAAUUAUAUUAUUUUCCAAGUACACAAGAUGUCUUAGACGCUCUAAAACGUUGUUCACAUGAUAAAGAAUCAUUUGUAUAA